AUGACUACCGAUAUCAAAGACCCCCAGAUCGAGCAUCUUGAUGCCUCCACAACUGAGAAAUCCCAGGUACUGAUCACAGAUGAAGCAUGGGUACAGCGCGAGAAGAAACUCGUGCGGAGACUCGACUGGACGUUGAUGCCAAUGCUCUGGGUGUUGUAUCUCUUCAACUACCUAGACCGUAACAAUAUCGCCCAGGCUAAACUCGACACGUUUGAAAAAGAUCUCGGCCUUACCGGCAACCAAUUCAACGUCGCCGUAUCUAUCCUAAACGUAGGGUAUAUGCUGAUGCAACUCCCGAGUAACAUGAUUCUCACUCGAGUACGCCCAUCCAUUUACAUGCCCGCCUGGGUUGCUGCCUGGUCCGUCGUAUCCGCCAGUACCGCCCUCGUCCACAACUUCAGCGGUCUCAUCGCCGUCCGCUUCAUCCUCGGCAUCACCGAGGCCCCCUUCUUUCCCGGCGCCUACUACGUGCUCUCCUGCUGGUACACCAAGAAGGAAUUGGCCCUCCGCAUCGCAAUCUUGUACUCGGGCCUCGUCCUCGCGACGGCCAUUUCGGGGCUCUUGGCCGCGGGCAUCUUUUCCGGUCUGUCCGGCGCCCGGGACAUUGCUGGUUGGCGCUGGCUGUUCAUCAUCGAGGGAGUUGGCAGUUUCAUUGCCGCCAUCGUGGCGUUCUUUGUCCUUCUCGACUACCCAGAGUCCGAUACGGGAGCUGGGAAGUGGCUCUUUACCGAGGAGGAGCGUAAAUUCGCUGCCGAGCGCAUGGCGCGCCAGGAGGUGUCGAAUCAAGAAUCGAACCGUUCGGUUUGGUAUGGUCUCAAGUUGGCAUGCAUGGACUACCGAAUGUGGAUAUUCUCCUUUAUUCUCAUCAGCAACCACACGGCUUAUGGGUUCAACAACUUCUACCCAUCCAUUGUCCGCGGCUUCAACCUUGGAAGCCGCACAUUGGGCUGCCAGCUCCUGAGCCAGACGCCCGAGAAGCGCGCUUGCGUGGGUGCCAUCAUCAACCUUAUGAGCCAGCUCGGUAAUAUCUGGAGCCCGUAUUUCUUUUCCCCGGGAGACGAGCCCCGCUACACCAAGGCCAUGAUUCUCAUGGUUGCGUUUUCGGUGGCUAGCAUGAUAGGAUGCUGGACGAUGAAGUUGAUUCUCAGGCGCGAUAACAAGAAAUUGAUUGCCGCGCAUGAAGCGGAUUGGAAUAUGGUACGCGAUGGUUAUGACGUCUGCGGAUGCUAA